AUGUUGUUGUUGCUCCUCUUGGUAACCGGUGUAGCAGCCAGCGACAGAACAUGGACCACUGACGAAGGUGUGACAAUCGAGAUUAUCAAGAAAAUCCCAGAGUCCAAGUGCAAAAUUCGCUCGGAAGUUGGUGAUACUUUGGAGCAAUUUUACAAGCUGACCAACAGUGAAGGAAGGGUUGUUGGCAGCAAUUUUGGACAAAAACCGUUCACAUUCGUGUUAGGACGAGGUGAAGUAAUCCGUGGCAUGGACAUCGCAAUGGAAGGGAUGUGCGUGGGAGAACAACGCAAGGUAACCAUCCCACCUGAGGAGGGUUUCGGCGAGGAUGCAAAGAAUAUGGAUGGCGUUAAUGAAGAAGAAACACUUCAUUACUUUGUCGAGCUCAAAAGUUUAUUCCGACCGAACCCAGGAGAGAAAUGGGUUACCGAUGAAGGAGUGCAUAUAACAGUGACACAUGAGAUUCCUGAGGAGGAAUGUAUCAAGGCGGAGAAAGGAGACACCCUUCAUCAGCAAUACACUCUACAUCUUGAAGAUGGUACAUUCAUUGACUCAAGCUGGAGCCGCAACAAACCAUUUAUUUUUAAGCUACGAAGUGGACAGGUCAUCGCUGGUAUGGACAUCGCUAUGGACGGCAUGUGUGAAGGAGAGCGUCGAAAGGUCGUCAUACCAUCAGAGCUCGGCUACGGAGAGAAAGGUCGCCCACCACGAAUCCCUGGGAAUUCACCUCUUCACUUCGAGAUCGUUUUAGAAAAGGAGCCAAAGAUGGCCGAACGCGACGAUAAGGAGAAUAGUUCGGAAGGAUUACUCGUUGAUUUUGAUGAAGAUAUAAUGGAUGCCACAGAAAAUGAUUCCAACUUCAAUGAGGCGUUGGUGCUGUCUGCAGAUAAGGAGUGUGAUUCGAGAGGAUCCACAAAAAUAGAGAGCAACUGUAUCUCACUUCAACAACGUUUGAGGUUUUGGAACGCGUAUUGGGCCUAUGCAAUGACUUGCGGGGGCCAGCCGAUGAUCAAUGUAAUCCUCUACGCUAUUCACUGCCUGUUCGUCAUUUCAUGGAGCAAAUAUGUACAUAAGCGAACGUUGUCGAUAAACACCACUUCACUCAUUACACACUGCAACAAGAAUCUAGAAUUUAAUCGCGUUCACGUGUGCGGUUGCAGCAAAUUGAAAUGGCCUGAUAUCGAUUGA